UGCUAUAAAAAAGCAAGUUGGGGAUACCAUUUCCGUCUUCACUCUUCACUGCAAUUUUUCACCAUCGUCUUCCCAUACACACAAACCCUUCUGAGCUCUGUACUCUGCACCACUUUCUCUCUCUAAAUUCUCUCUCAUAAAAACACACACACACAAACACCUGCUGUACGCAGUACCUACCCUCUUUCCAUACCGGAAAUAGUACAGUCAACCACAAUCUCUUUCGCUAUAUUCCUUGAUUCCUCCACCCUCUUUUCUCUCUCUACUCUCUCUCUACCAUGUGUGCUCUCUCUCUCAUUAACCUUUCUAUCUCUCUUCUUUUUCUGCAACUUUGAUACACUCUUUACUCUUUAAUCUUCUCUCUCGCACGAGUAUUCCAAACCCCUUUAUUUUAUUCCUCUAUCGUUAACGAAUCUCCACCUUUUCAUUCACCAUAUAUAUUCCCUUCACGUUCAAUGCCCGUUUGAUCCCAAUCCGUCACCUCAUCACUAUGGAAAACCCACCCGUUUGUUCUUCUUCUUCUUCAGUUAAGUUUACCCAACACAAAACCCACAUUACAAUGCUCAACAAAACGUCGUCGUUAAAGGUUGUCAGAAUAUCGGUUACCGACCCGUAUGCAACUGAUUCUUCCGGUGAUGAAGAUGAAGUGUUUUGUAACAGAAGAAGAGUGAAAAGGUUUGUUAACGAGGUUACGAUUAACAACGAUGUUGUCGGAAAUAGGAGUGUGAACAAACCGGCUGUUGAACGGAGGAAGAAAGGUGACGUGGGGGCGAAGAAACGGUUGAAAGUUAACUCCGGUAAGAAGUUUCGGGGCGUACGGCAACGCCCGUGGGGGAAAUGGGCGGCGGAGAUAAGAGACCCGACCCGGCGCGUGAGGUUAUGGCUUGGGACUUACGAUACUGCUGAAGAAGCAGCUAUGGUGUAUGAUCACGCGGCUAUUCAGUUGCGUGGUCCCCACGCGCUUACAAAUUUUACUGUUCCAGUUACCGUUUCACCGCCGGUGAACAACAACAGCAACGACGACGACAACAAUGACAACAAAACGUCGUCGUUUGACUCUGGUUACAACUCAGGUGAAAAAUCGCCGAAAUCUGUUCUCCGGUUUAACUCACCUUCGACAGAAGAGUGCGUUGCUCAGUCUACUCAGUGCAGUCCGUUAAACGACGUCGUUAAUGAUUUUCAGCCGUUUGAUGAUCAUUUCUCAACGUCAGAUUUAUUUAAUUUCGCUGAUUUUGUUCCGGAUAUUUACGACCCGACUAGCUUUCCGGGUACCGUAUUUGAAGGACCCGACCCGUCGGAAACGUACAUCGGGUCCGCUAAUGACUUCGGGUUCGGGUUUGGGUUUGGAUCCAUGGUUGACGAUUAUCUUCAAGACUUCGGAGACAUAUUCGGGUCGGAUCCUCUCGUUGCUUUGUAAAACGUAACGGGUCGGUUUUUGUACGGAAAUGUUAUUAUUUCGUAAUAGUUUAAAAUUCGUUUUGAGUGUAUAAAUAUACUCCGUUAUAGUUAACGGACGAGUUAGAGCGUUUGGUGUAAUAUAUUGAAAGCGGUAACGGCGUUAGGGUGUUAUGUAAUGCGUGGCACGUGGUAGAACACGUGACCGGCAAAUGUUAACUACUAGUAUUAAAUUAGGUGAAGAAAUGAGUCGGAAUGAAUGCUACAUGUUUUAUCAUGCAUCCUUUUAGCUACAUCUAUUCAAUGCUUAGAAUUUUGUACCA